UAGGUAAGUUACAGAGACGAAACCAGAAGAGGUAGCACAAAUGGGGAGCCGUUCGCACUUUGCGAUGUCGCCCCUCGCUCUGUAGUCACGGAUGGUGUGUGGCUGUUUGGCUUUCAAGGACACGAGUCACUGUUUUACCAUGCACUUUGAGGAUCAAUGGAAAGGAAAAGAGGAACAUCUUUCCUUUUGACAUGCACCUAGAUGGAGAAUUGGCUUCAAUAAAUAGAUGAAAUAUGGACUAUGCCAGGGUUCAGGGGAGAGUGAAAUCCUGGGCAAUGGCAUGAAUGGAAUGAUCAAGCAUGUAUGCAAAUUGCCGCGAGUCUUCACCGGAAUAGGAAGGGCAAUCCCCUCAAACUAGAAAUUGAAAUUAUGCCCAUAAGUAGCAUCAGACAUCUGCCAUGGAAAAUCCUUUCCCCCCAAUCUUUUGCUGGUGGAACUACUGCAAAUCCCUGGAGGAACUUUCAUUUUCACAAUCCUUGCAAAUAGUACUUCCCCUUCUUUGUAUAUUGAAUCUUCCAUUUUUGCUAGUCUCAAGGUCAAUGGCAAAGGAACAUCUCACCCCCACCGUGCCAAGCCAAUCCUAUAAUGAGCAUGAUCAGCUUCUUCUUCAGCAACCAUCACUGCAUUUUUACUCAAACCAAUGCCAGUCGGUCCCCGGUUCACUCACCAGCAAGAAGGUGAUGAUGGGUAACGAUCAGGGAAAUUGCCCCCAAACGUGACCCGCCUCUCGGGGACCGCGCGGAUCGACAUACCGAAAAAAUGUACGCACAAAUGUAUGGUAAAGAGAGAUGCCACCGUGACCUUAAACAGCAAAUUCGCCUUUGCAAAGCCUAAUUAAAUGCCAAAAACCCUUCUCCUUAACACUCACCACAUGAUCAGCUUAUAUAAAUAAAGUUGCCCUCCCAUGUUACCGGCAAUCAUAAGCCAACCAGCCCUUACUCACUGCCUGGUUGUCUACCUCCCCCAUCUUCCCUUGGAUUCACAUUCCAUAAGCCUUACUUUUGUCUUGACCUCCCCAAAAAGAGCACAAGAACAAAGCCACAAGACAUGGAGGAAGGAAUCUUUUGAGGCAUAGGGACAGAACAGAUAGAUCUCCUCUUCUCUUCUGUCACAUUUUGACCAAGACCAGAUCACCAUCAUCGCAUGCACUGAGCAGUUAUAUAAGCAGGAGGAGCUUUGACAUAGCAGAAAGCAUAGACAUGCAGAUCCUCCGGUGGCUAUUCAAGGGAUCACAAGGGGAAGCAAAAGGGAAUUCUUGCAGUUCGACGGAUAGGAAGAAUACUGCAUCAGAUCAAGAAACAAGUAAAGGGAAAAAUAUAGUUCUGUUCGCGAAGUCCCGAAGACCAAGAGGGGAAGAGAAGGCCAAACCGGGCUACUCAAAAUUCACUCCGUUUGCCAUAUUAUGCCGAAAAGAUGUUGCCAAGGCUUGCUUCUAUAGCACCAUCAACUUGAGGAAACUCGACAGCUUACACCGGAGACAAAAUCCAAUCCACACAAAAAGAAUGAAGAAGGAAGAUAUCGCGAGAGGGCUCGGCAUUAUCGGCCAAAAGGCAGAUUCUGGCGCUGCUCACGGUGGGAACAAGGUUUUGCCAAUUAGCGACACCGCAUUAGCCUCCUCAGCAGCUAGUGCACAUGGCGAAUCCGGCACUUCUGAGAAGAAGGAGAAGGUUAAGGGUGAUAAGGUAAAGGCCAUCUCGAGAAUGAAGGAGCUCUUGAGAUGGGCCGCGGCUUCGAAAGCUGAGAAGGGCGGAAAGUUCAUCAGUAGAAAGGUAUUACAGUUCCGUCAACGAGGAGCCCUCAAGGCGAUACCAGAUGACGACCAAUUCAGCAAUGAAUCUCCGAAGAUCAGUUUCAGGUGGGACGUGGAAAGUUGCUCCACCAUUUCCACAUCUUACUCGGCCUUUUCUCUAGCUUCGGUGAGGAUCGAUCCGAUCGCUAGCCGAUUAUCGGCGGACUCAAUUCCACCUCAGAUAACAGAUCAGUGCCUUCCAAGAAGAGCGAACUGGAUCACCACAGACACAGAGUUUGUGGUGCUAGAGCUGUGAAAUGUCGGGACCAGAAGAGGCUCCAUCUAUUCACAGGAAAAUCAACUCGCUUCUGCUGCGAACGGAACUUCUGCUCGUCGCUGGUCUUACCAAAGCCUAUUCGUUGCUCAACUGGAAAGAUCGGAAAAGUGAAUGUACCCCCGUGUAAAUUACUUCGUUUUUGUAAUGGAUCAAUCGAAUAGGUUUCGGAUCAGUGAGUACUUGAUGAAGAAUCAACUUGCCAUAAACUAAUGUAGUCACUGUAAGA